AUGCUGGCGUUACGGUCUGGUGCGCUGCCUGCGCGCUCAGCCUGGUGCUCAAGGAGCCAAUGGCACUCCAUGCGAGCACUGUCGAGCUCAGCAAGAAGAUCGAAGCAGCCAUUCCCCACCGAAGCCCAAGGCCUCAAUGCCGUUUCGAAACACAUCACACAGCCAAAGGCACAGGGCGCGUCACAAGCUAUGCUGUACGCCACCGGUCUCGAUGAGGAGGACAUGAACAAGGCGCAGGUUGGAAUUUCGUCAGUAUGGUAUGGUGGCAAUCCUUGCAAUAUGCACUUGAUGGACCUCAACCACAAGGUGAAAGAGGGCGUAGAAAAGGCGGGUCUGCUGGGUAUGCAGUUCAACACCAUCGGUGUGUCAGACGCCAUCAGUAUGGGCACCUCCGGCAUGCGAUACUCCCUACAAAGUAGAGACUUGAUCGCAGAUUCCAUCGAGACUGUCAUGGGUGGACAGUGGUACGAUGCGAAUAUCAGUAUACCUGGUUGCGACAAGAACAUGCCCGGUGUCAUCAUGGCCAUGGCACGCGUGAACAGACCCAGUCUGAUGGUCUACGGUGGCACAAUCGCUGCAGGAUGUGGCGUGAAGCCACGCAAUGCCAGACUGGACAUCGUGUCCGCAUUCCAGUCAUACGGCCAGUUCUUGACCGGCGAGAUCGACGAGGAGGAGCGAUUCGACAUUGUGCGGAACUCCAUUCCAGGCUGCGGUGCAUGUGGUGGCAUGUACACUGCUAACACUCUCGCAUCCGUCAUCGAAGUCAUGGGCAUGUCACUCCCUGGCUCAUCAUCGAACCCAGCAGCCAGCAAGGCGAAGCAGCUUGAAUGCUUGGCCGCAGGUCCAGCAAUUCGCAACCUACUCAAGGAGGACAUCCGGCCGAGCGACAUCCUUACACGGCAGGCAUUCAGGGAUGCAAUGGUCAUUGUCAACAUCACUGGUGGUUCAACUAACGCGGUCCUGCAUCUUAUCGCCAUCGCACACUCUGUUGGCAUUGAUCUUUCCAUCGACGACUUCCAGGAAGUCACCGACUCCACGCCUUUCCUUGCCAAUCUGAAGCCAUCUGGUCAAUACGUGUUCGAAGAUCUCUACAACAUUGGUGGCAUUCCAUCGUUGACCAAAUUCCUGCUCAAGGAAGGUCUUUUGGACGGUAGCCGCAUGACGGUGACUGGUAAGACUCUCAAGGAGAACGUCGAGAAAGCCGCAGACUUCCCCGGCGACCAAGACAUCAUCCGGCCCAUCAGCAACCCCAUCAAGAAGACCGGCCACAUUCAGAUUCUACGCGGCUCAUUGGCACCUGGUGGCUCUGUUGGCAAGAUCACAGGCAAGGAAGGCACCGUGUUCACCGGCAAGGCGAAGUGUUACGACGCCGAAGAUCUCUUCAUCGAGGCCCUUGAGCGAGGUGAGAUCAAGAAGGGCGAAAAGACUGUCGUCAUCAUCCGCUACGAAGGACCAAAGGGUGGACCCGGUAUGCCAGAGAUGUUGAAGCCUUCCUCCGCCAUCAUGGGUGCAGGCCUCGGCAACGAUGUCGCCCUGAUCACUGACGGACGCUUCUCCGGUGGCUCUCACGGUUUCCUCAUUGGGCACGUAACGCCCGAAGCACAAGAAGGAGGCCCGAUUGGUCUCGCGAGAGAUGGUGAUGAGAUCACAAUCGAUGCUGAGAACCGUGUGAUUGACAUCAACAACAUCACCGAGGACGAGCUGGAACGAAGACGACAGGAGUUCACGCCACCACCGCUUAAGUAUAAGAAGGGUGUGUUGUUCAAGUACGCACGCAAUGUCCAGGAUGCCAGCCAUGGAUGUAUCACGGACGCCAAUAUCAGUACCGCGGAGCUCGACAGCGCUGGGGGAGCGUCUGAGGCUUUCGGUGUGCAAAAGUAA